AUGGCUAAGCGGCCGAUGAAGAUUCCGGGGGCAGGCCAUGUUUCGUCGGGUAUUUGUCGCCGCCGGGACGUCCCUGUUACGCCGGUUCUGCAGCCAGUCCACGGCGGCCGGGUCGCCGUCGAGGCCUGGUGGAGCAACCAUGUUACGCCGGUUCUACAGCCUGACGGCAGCGGCCGGGCCGCCGUCGAGGCCUGCCGGAGCAACCUUGUUCCACCGGUUCCACAGCCAGACAACAGCGGCUGGGAGGCCUGCGGGAGCAACCAUGGCACGCCGGUUCGGCAGCAAUGCUGCCGUGGCCGGUCGCUCUCUAGGCCAGCCGGAGCAAGGAUGAUACGCCAGUUCUGCAGCCAGGCCGCGGUGGUUGGGUUGCGCCGGCUCUGCAGCCCUGCCACGGCGGCCGGGUCGCUGUCGAGGCCUGCAGGAGCUAGGAUGCUACAGCUACUAGUCGUCAAAUUGCUGCAGUUUCAGAGGAACGUUGCCCAUGUUGCAGCUACCGCCGGUCACCGUUUCGGCUUAUUUCGCAGAUAUGCCAUGCCUAUGGUGAUGGUUGCCUUUGGUGUUGGGCUUUGGUGUAUGAAGAAGAAUGCAGAGCUUGCCGAGAGGGCUGCCCGUCCGUCGAAGGUCGAUUGGGUUGAAGCCGGAGUUGUCUCUCCGGUUGUGAGGAAUCAAAAGGACUGUGGGAGCUGUUGGGCCAUGGCAGUUGCAGCUUCGGUCGAGGCAGUAAAUUACCUCAAGACCUGGCGAUCAAUCAGGUUGUCAGUUCAAGAGCUCGUCGACUGCAACAUAGAGAACUACGGGUGUAAUGGUGGCGACUACUGCUAUGCUUUCCGCUAUGUAAAGGAAAAUGGGCUCACAACAGAAUCUUCAUACCCAUACAAGGCUCGGCAGGGUAUAUGUCGCAAACUGGAUAAAAAAGUAGAAGGAAGGAUAUCGAACUUCCGCUAUGUCCGCCGAAACGAGGAUGCGUUGGAGAAAGCGGUAGCAAAGCAACCCGUGAUCGUCACUGUGCAAGGUGAUCAUUUGCAGUGGUACAACCGAGGCAUCAUGGACUACAAAUAUGAUAAAAGACUUACCGGCUGGCACGCUGUCUUGGUCGUCGGUUAUGGCACAGACUCCAGAGGUGUCAAGUACUGGCGCAUCAAGAAUUCAUGGGGAAAAAGUUGGGGUGAAGGGGGGUUUGGGAGGAUCCGAAGGUAUGUUGACGAUAAGAGAGGCGCUCUGGGCAUUUUCGUUUAUAGACCAGUAUAUCCUGUGCUUAGGACUUGA